UUUUUUUAUUUUAUUUUUCCAAUUUAAGGAUAUGCUUGUCUACAGUGAUAAAGAGAAAGAGAAGAUGCCGAAAGGAAAGUUUAAUAUGAUUAGAAUACCUGUAGAUAAAAGACAUUAUGAUGAAAGUCAGCCGAUAGGAAAGCGAAUGUUUAAAUAUAGAAUUAAUCUAGAAUAUAGAUAUUUUGGAAUUUAUGAAGGUAUUUUGGGUUAA